GAAUAGCAGUUUGUGCUUGAUGUUACAUUCUUUUUAGUCCUAGAUCUUUAAUUUAUUCCAAUCAUCAAUAUAAUGUCAGCAUAAAAGAGUUUCAACACCUCAAAAUCCCACUCCAAGACUUGAUAUCGGCCACCAAUAACUUUGCCGACACUAACUGUAUCGGUCGAGGUGGGUUUGGAAAAGUUUAUAAAGGGGAACUUGUCCAGCCCGACGGGACCACUAUGGUCGCUGUAAAACGCUUAGAUAGUGCAUUUGGCCAAGGAGCCCCAGAAUUUUGGAAAGAAGUCAUGUUACUUUCUCGUUACAAACAUGAAAAUCUUGUUUCACUAUUAGGCUUUUGUAACGAGGGUCGGGAAAAUAUCCUUGUGUACGAGUAUCUAGCUAACAGAAGUCUUGAUCUGUACUUGAGUGGCAAUGAUCUUUCUUGGAAUCAACGUCUUCUUAUAUGUAUUGGGGCUGCACAUGGAUUACAAUUCCUUCAUCAUCCCGCAGAGGGGAGUCAACAAAGAGUCUUGCACCGAGAUAUUAAAAGUGCAAAUAUCUUACUAGAUCAAAACUGGAAACCAAAGAUUGCAGAUUUUGGUCUUUCCAAAUUCGGACCUGCUAACCAACAAUAUACUUAUCUUUUUUCGAACGCUGUAGGCACGAUGGGGUAUUGUGAUCCAUUGUAUAUGCAGACGGGCUACUUGACUAAAGAAUCUGACAUAUAUUCCUUUGGUGUGGUUUUAUUUGAAGUUCUUUGUGGGAGACUUUGUGUGGAAAAUUUUGAGGAUAUUCGUAAAUUUUUGGCUAUUUUGGCACGAAAAUGCUAUGAAGAAAAGAAACUAGACGCCAUCAUCCAUACUAGUCUGAAAGAAGAAAUUUCACCACAUUGUUUGGAAAGGUUUUCAACUAUUGCGUAUCAAUGUUUGCAGAUAGAUGGCACAAAACGACCAUCCGUUGCAAAUAUAGUGGAAGAACUGGAAAUUGCAUUGCAAUAUCAAGUGGAAUAUGAUUUUGAGAAGGAACAGAAGUUGGAGCAACAUGUAGAGAUAGAGAUAGACUAUAACUCCGACAAAUACUGGGAGACAAAGCUUCCAAGAGACUGGGAAGUGAUGGUAAAGAUGUUCAAGAUUCCACAUGCCAUUUGUGCUAUAAAAAAGGAACUGUUUGCUCAUCUUCAAAAAGGACUUCUUUAUGAAAAAGGCAACAAGUUCUUCUGGAUAAACGAUCACGGAAAGAAAUGUGUAUUGCUAUCAGCAAGAAGCUUUCUAAAUCUUGAUCUGACGACAUGGGUAUUCCAACGUGAUUUGAGAUUUUCAAGGGUAGCCGAGUAUCCUUAUGGAGACCUAUAUGACAUUAAGUGCCAAAUAAAAACUAGCAUGUUAUCACUUGGUACCAUGUAUGCAGCUUGUUUGGUGUUCAAAUAUCGUGGAAAACCCAUUGCGGACCAAGUACAAUUUGAGAUAAUGAAAAUUGAAUGGAAGAUGGGUGAGUUGAGUGUACAAUCUACUCAUUAUGCAGAGCAACUAUCGGACAACUGGUAUAAGAUAGAAAUGUGGAACUUUACUAAUCAUUGGCGGGAUGCUGAUUUUGAUAUUCUCCUCGAGAAACUCUCAUUUCUUCAUGAUCAAAUGAAAACCGAUCUCUUGAUUCAAGGAAUUGAAUUUCAAGCCAUAGAGAUGGAUGUGCGGAAUGAAGAUACUGAAGCAUUUAGAAGUCUUUCUGUGACAAAUGAAGGGGAUAUAGAUACAGAUGUAGACGCAAAUGAUAUGUACUGGGAGAAAAAGUUGCCAGAUGACUAUGAACCUUAUAUUCAGAUGUCGGACAAACCUUUGGACUACACCACAAAAAAGGAACUCUACCUCCACUUUUGUGAAGGUUUCCUAUGCAAUGAUGGCGAAUGGUUGUUAUCGUUACACAAAUCAACACGGGGGAUAUGUGUAUUAUGCUGUAGAAUACAUGAUACAUGGCAAGAUGAUUUGAGGCCUCACUGCCGCUGCUUUACCUUUUAUACGAGUCCGCACAUGUUUUCACCUCAGCAGAUCUACGCAUGCUAUCUUGUGUUCAAAUUUCGAGAAAAACCCACUCAAACAGAGGAUAUUCUUUUGUUAACUGCCAAGUGCAUACUGGAUGAUAUACCUCAAGGUAGAAUGUAUGCAUAUAUGGGUUAUCCUCCGAUGAAUAUACCGAUCAUCAAACCAAAGAAUCAUUAUGGAUGGCACGACUCAUCAAAUAUACCAGCAAAUCGAGGACGUGGGAUGCUAAAAGGUCACACAGAGCAUCUUGUUUAUAGUAGGAUUGAGGAAAGAAAGGAUGGUUGGAUGGAGCUCAUGGUGUGUAAAUCGUUAUGCCACUUGGAGGAUCAUUCUAAGCUGGAGGUGUUUCUAUAUGAUUUCGAGUGCUAUACAGUUGAAACCUUGCAUGUGAAAGGCAUCGAGUUUAGGCCAUGUAUUGUUUGAAAGAUCACUACAGAACAGUAUUCAUCUGAAACAGGUCAAAUGGGUGCCGGAGGGUCAAGCAGGCUGAAACUUACCCGUUUCGUAAUCCAAGUCAUCCCAUUCUAACGUGGACUUAAACUUCCCCGUUUUUACCCAUACCCAGCCUGCCAAAUAAGUGCCAAUCUGUCACCCUGCUUGAUCAAGUGAUUUACCAAAUGGCACACAUGACUUCUGUUCAAAUCUUGGCUACCAUGUACUAGCAGUUAGGCCUUUCUACUGGCAAUAUAUUGCUUUUAUAGGAAUGAUGAGACGACCUUUCUACUACAGUUCACAUUUUUAAUAAGAUAACAAAAAUAAACAGUUGUAAGCAUGCGCAUAUAUAUUACAGUUCACGGCUAUGAAAAUUAUUUUUGUAAGUUAGUGACAAACUGG